AUGAAGAUCGAUAUUGCUGAUUAACUUUGAAGUUGACUGUAGGUGGAUAGAUCAAAUUCUCAGUCUGCUAGAAUGAACUGAAAAUCUUUGUAAGACUUCUAAUUGCUCUUUGAAGUACUCUAGUGAGGACAGCCAACCACAAUGGCACAGACAGAAGAUAAAAUUCUCAUCCAACAGUUUCCAGAGCUCCCAGAGACAGCGGCUAUGCCUGUUCUAUUACUGAAGAUCAUUAAUGGAUUAUCUGAUAUGCCACUACCAAGCUAUGUUGAGAAGGAGGAGUUGAAUAAUUUGCGAGAAGGUGUUGAUUAUACCAACAGAUACUUUCAGGGAAUAGUUAUUCUUUCCUACCCAUUAACGAAACUUGCAGAUGGGACAAACCUUUUCAAGGUUGUUCUUCAAGAUACAGGUAACUUGUAUUCACAGAUCAACAGCAUCAAUGUUUUAAUAUAUGGAAAAAUGGCAGAGGAUUGUUCAAAAAUUCUACACCAUGGGGACACCUUUGUAGUUGCAGGAUUUAAGUUGGCAAAAUCACCGACAGCAGUGGAGCAUGGUAGACACGAUUGCCAACUGGAGGUGUCUGAAGAAGCUGGAUCAGCUGUUUAUAUUUAUGCAAAUCAAAAAAGAAUGGUUGCUUCAGAAACCUUAUCUAUGCCUGUUGCACCAAAAUAUGUGUAUACUUCUCUAAAUCAGCUUAAAGAUGGAACUAUAGUGAAUUUGUAUGGUGUCGUGAAAUUCUUCAAGCCUCCAUAUGUAAGCAAAGGAACUGAUUAUUGCUCAGUUGUAACACUUGUGGACCCAUCAAAUGCGAAGUUAACGUGCACUCUUUUUAGUGGAAAUGUGGAUUGCCUACCAAAAAUCUACAAAGUUGGAGAUAUUGUUCGAUUUCAUAGAAUAAAGAUCAGGGAGUACAAUGGACAGAUGCAGGGAAUUACCGGAGGAGGAUUUGCAUCCUUGACAUUUGAUGGAACUAUAGGAGCACCAAUAGUUCCUCGAACCUCUAGCAAAGUAUACACUUUCAUGGAAGAAGAACUGAAAACAAUUAAAGAACUACGUGUUUGGGCAGCCAGUAAUCUUUCCAUAUCUGGACCUCCAGCAAAAUUGUCUGGUGUUCAGCCAAUGCUGUUCUUUGAUCUCACUUGUCAGCUGGUAGGGAAAGCAAAAGUGGAUGGAUCUUCUUUUCUUCUAAAGGUAUGGGAUGGCACAAAGUGUCCCUACCCAACAUGGAAAGUGCCUGUGGAAGAAAGAGACUUGGAAGGAGAAAAAGUUCUUCUUCGUCAGCUGCGAAAUCUAACAGCAGACAUUCUAGUCUAUGAUAACCACAUGCAACUGGCAAAAUCACUGAAGAUUGGAAGCUUUCUGAGAAUUUACAGUAUUCAUGCAAAACAAGGAAGUGCUGACAAUGAAGAUGGAUCACAUAUAGAAUUUCAUCUUCAUGGUGGUACCUGUUACGGUCGAGGAAUAGGAGUCUUGCCAGAAAGUAACCCAGAAGUUAAGGAACUAAAAGAAUUCUUAGGCUCUCUGGGUCUGUCAUACAGCCAGGAUAUGGAAAGCAUGUCUUCACUGGAGGCGGAGUGCACUUCUAACAAUGUCACAGAUCUUGAAUCACACUUACAGAGAUGUCAGCAAUUACCUGUUACAGUAUUAACAGAUCAUCAAGAUUUGAAGAACACACACCUGAAAACAAUUCUGAGCAGCACAGCUCCUCAACAGUAUCGCGUUAGAGCAAAGCUGAGAACUUACAAACCCCAGAAGCUCUAUCAGUCCGUUAAACUUCAUUGUUCCAAAUGCAACUCUUUGCAAGAAGUCCCUAUUGGUGAUGAAUUUGACUUCUGUUUACAAGGCUCUGCUGUUGCUGCCCCAAACACAGUAUUCCACAAUACAUCCUGGUAUGAUUCUGUAGUGUGGACUACACAAGACCAGAAGCGAAGGAAAAUAGUUAUUCAUUUUGUAAGGCAUGAUGAACUGCUUCAACAGCCUAAAGAUACUUUAGUUAUGAUAGAAGGCGGAACAUUAAAAGAAAUGUGGAAGCUUGCAAAAAGAUUUAAAUGUGUUAUUCCUGUGAGGUCUGCAGAACAUGGUCUGCAAUUAUUAGAUCUUUCAGUUCCUUUUCUUUUACAAGGGAAUGUAAAAUAUUAUGGGUGCAAGCAAUGUUCAACUCCAAAGCCUAUCAAGAGUCUAAGUUCCCUUGCAGCAGUACAACAACCAUCAUGGGAACCAAGUGAAAUAGCAAAAGUUUUAGGUAUUGAGCUGCUCCAGUAUGUUUUUAUUAUGAGGUUUACACUGGUUGAUGCAACAGGACCACUAAAUGUGUACCUUUUUGAUUAUGAAAAGUUUUUCCAAAUUCCUGCUUCUGAAAUCUUAACUAGCAAUUCUCUUCAGCAAAAGAUGCAGAUGACCAUGAAUACUCUCUGUCCUCCAGGAAGAAAAUUAGAUGACUUACCGUGGCUGGAAUGCUUCAUCAGGUCAUAUAUUGUCAAAGAUGAGAUGAAUCAUCAAGUUUAUUACCAAAUUUUUGACACUACAGUUGCUGAAGAUGUUGUAUAGUGAGUGAUGUGUUGCUAGUAGGAAGUAAUCCAGUAAUUACAAUUAUUUUUUUGAGGAGGGAGAGUGAGAUCAGAAACUGGUGAAAUAAACAUCUUUAUUCUUUUCUUAAGAAUUCAAUCAGUACAUACGAAGUUCUAGUUUGUAUAUUAAUGUGAUCGGGAGUUAUUCUUUGAUGUGUUUACUGCUUUACUGGCAUAGAGCCUUAUGAUCUGCUUGCAAGUAGAAGUGGUAGGGUUUUUCACUGGAGCUUGCUUGGCUCAGACUGAUGGAAGCAAUCUAGUAUCCAUCUGCCCUUCAAAAAGGCAGGAAUGAGAUUAUUCUAAACUGGUGAGUUUUACUCAAAAAAUACAGUAAGAGUGAUGCUGCUUUGUUAAUUUCUGUAUUUCUUCAGUGAGCUGGAUUACUUAGUGUAAGCAUAUGUUACUGUUCUCAAACACUUGGAUGGAGAGUUCUGCUUUUAGAGAAUGCCUUGAUUUUGCAGUGAUAGAUGCAAUUAGACAGAACUCCUCCUUUUAAUCAUACUAAGGUAACUGUCUGUGUUCUGGUAAUCAUAGAUUCUGAUGGAGUUAAGAAUGUAUCCUUGUAAUGAUGAUCACUGUAAUUAAAGUUAAGCCAUGAAAGAAAGAGUGUGUGAAACUGUAAAAUUAAUAUUGCCAUUUGCUAGAUUCUAAUGUUUUUUAAGGUGGCCUUGUUUGGCACCAGCAUUGUUAGUAUGUUUAUUAGCUGGAUCUGUGUAUUCAAAGGCUCUCACAUGUCUGGCUAAAUUUACUGUCAGAUUGCACUGCCCAGAUCUGUUGUUUCUAUCUUACAUAAUCAGAUUUUAUGACUAAAUUUAGAGAUACAGAACUGAUUAGUGAUACUGCUGGACUAGAAAAAAUGUUGAUUUCAUUUUGCAUUCAGAAGUCUGGAGCACCACUUCAGGACAUGUUUCUCCGAGGAUAGUUAAUGUAGAAAUCCAUGACAAGACAGAUGCUUUCUAUCAGAAAAAGUUACUUACUAUUUACAACAGAUUUUUUUUUAAGGAAUUUCAGAAGCAAGAUGGAAUACUUGUAAAUGGAUAGUAGAUGACAUUUUGGAUUUUAAUUUUUCAGGGCUGUUAGGUUGAUUAUGCAAUUUGUAAUUUAAAAUUUCCUCUAAAUAUCUUCUGAUAAUUUCCAGGUAAUUGUCAUAAACCAGGAGAUUGUUCUUACUGAUGGAUGUAUAGGAAGAACCAAGUGUUUAGUGGAUAUUUCCUUUUAAAAGUAUGAAAAAAUAGAACAAGCAGACCCUUCCUGUGUUUAAAUUAUUUCAGAAGUUAGGGCUUAAGUUGAGGGCAAUCUUUUUGGCUUCCCUUGUAUAGAGUGGAGGAAAACAGUGGAAAGGAAUGUUUUUAUUUUCAGAUUUUUGUUAGGAACUCUUGAUAGAUUCUCAUAUUGUUUGUUUUUUCUAAAUAAGCCUUUUGUAACGUAAUAAAUAAGAAUCUGGUUUGAACAUUGGUGUAAACGAUCCCUUGUGUGGGAGCCCUGCCAGAAAACUCUGCAUGUGCAUCAAUUGAUUUUAUGUUUGGUUUGGUUUUUUUUUUUUCACUGUCACGUUAUUGUAAUAAAAUGUUUAGUAAAGAUUUUUUCAAA